AUGGCGCCUUGCACGGAAACGGUGAUGCAAAAGUCCGCUCUGGAGAACGUCGUGCUCAAGCAGUCGGAACCGUACGAGAGGAUCUUCGUUUGGCGGAACGUCGUCAAGAUCUCCCUGGUGCACCUCAUGGCGCUGUACGGCUGCUACGAGUACUUCUACAGCAUGUGGCAGACGCACAUCUUCGGCACCAUCAUUCUCAUCUUCUCUGGCAUCAGCGUCACGGCUGGAGCCCACAGACUCUGGUGCCACAGGGCGUACAAAGCGAAGAUGCCUUUGAGGAUCUUCCUAAUGAUCUUUAACUGCAUGGCAGCUCAGAACGACAUUCACGAGUGGGUCCGCGACCACCGCGUGCACCACAAGUACUCGGAGACGGACGCGGACCCGCACAACGUGAACCGUGGCUUCUUCUUCGCCCACGUGGGCUGGCUGUUCCUUAGGAAGCACCCGCUAGUCACCAAAAAGGGCAAGGCCAUAGACUGCAGCGACGUCCUGGCGGACCCCGUGGUCAGGUUUCAGAUGAGGUACUACAUGCUCCUGGUGACGCUGUUCUCCUUCUACUUGCCGACGGUGAUACCUCACUACCUCUGGGGAGAGUCGUACUGGAACGCCUUCUUCACGGUCACCAUGCUCAGACUGGUGCUCUCGCUCAACUUCACCUGGUCGGUAAACAGCUUCGCGCACCUCUGGGGCACCAAGCCCUUCGACAAGGACAUCUCGCCCGUCGAAACGCCCUGGGUGUCCUUCUUCGCCGUCGGCGAAGGAUUUCACAACUACCACCACACUUUUCCCAUGGACUACUCGACAAGCGAGCUGGGAUGGAAGUUCAACAUGAGUACCAUGUUCAUCGACAUCAUGGCCGCGUGUGGACAGGCGUACGACCUCAAGUCUACCCCUAAGGAAAUCAUCGAGAGCAGGAAGCUGAGGACGGGAGACGGGAGUCGACUGCCCAACAAGGAAUAUGUGAAGGUGGUCUCCAAGCAACAGGGUUGA